AUGGCGGAGCGGGAAAGAGAGCCACACUUCUGUGCUGUCAAUGACCCAUCAUGUGCUCAAGGUUUACAAGCAGUUUGGGGAUGUGGCAAUCAGUUCUUUGUUUUUCCUGGCAAAAAGGCAGUAUUAUUGAAUGAGAGACGAGCACCUCUAAUGAAGGAAGAAACAAUACGAGAAGUGAAAUGGGACACAGACCUACACCGACCUGUCCUUAGAAAGCUUGUCAAUGAAUCUCAUAAUGUUUUCACGUGUCUUCAAGAACAAUCAAAAAAGACAUUGACACAUAACUUUCUCAUUAUUAGAUCCAGCAAGCAGUACCGAGCCUCGCUGAAGGCAUAUAGCCUGGAACUGAAGAUAUUAGCAGAUUCCACAAUAGAUGAAGAACAGAAACAGGACUUCCUGGAUCAUUUACAGCUUCUGGAGAUGGCAGAACUGAUUUGGGGAUUGUGUGAGAUUCUCUUCAUCGACAGUCCUGCAGGUGGCUUAGUGAUCGCUCCAUUGUUGGAAUGGCUUCGAUUCCACUUCCAGACAGGAGAACAAAUGUUUCUGGAAAUAAUCCAAGAGGAACAACCCGAGCAUCAUCCCCUGUACUGGGACACGAUCUAUCGUCUGGUCCUCCAAGGCCAGGCCGACCAUGUACGUCGGCUCCUGACUUUUCACUCUUCAAAACACAGCAAAGCUUUUACCAGUAUGGAUGAUCUUCUCAAGAAAAUGCCACAGCAAACACAGCUGUUUCGUGGUCAUUCAAUUGCUGAAUUUGACAUGAAAUGGAGACAUUGGCGAGACGAAUGUGAGCGAAGAGUGGAGGAGGGAGAAUUCUCAUCAUAUGGAAAUUUAGAGACAAUUGGGAAGAUCCUUACUGGAAAUGAUCAAGUUUUUUCUGAGUUCCGGGACCUGUGUGAAACUUGGUACCAUAUGCUUGUGUCAAAACUUCUGUACCAAAAUCCAACCAUCAAAGGCUACGACCUACAGUACCACAUACAGGUUUGUCUGGAUGAGUAUCGCAGUAACACCAGGAUAGGAGAGCUAGAUAAUAUUCUGCUAUCUGCAUUGGAGUAUGACAUCCACCAAGUCAUUAAGGACAGCAGCGCUGUGUUCAGUAACUGGUGGUUUGUAGCUCACCUGACAGAUUUAUUACAACACUGUGGUCAGUUAGACUCCCACAAAUUACAGUAA